UAAGGUGUCGUUAUUGUCACAUGCGUGCAUUUCGGUGCAGCUGCGCGGCGCCUCUCAGCGUUUUGCCCUUUGUCCCACAAGCCCAUUGUAUGUGACGGAGGAAACCCUGUGCAGCGAAACCCGCCAUCUUGGAAAGGCAAACACUUCUAGCACCAGGAUAACCCGCAGAUCCCCUGAAAGAGCCGAAAUAAAACGAAAAUACCCACAAAAUAACGAGCCAGAAUGGCCACCGCUCCGUACAACUACUCCUAUAUUUUCAAAUACAUCAUUAUUGGGGACAUGGGAGUGGGGAAAUCAUGUUUGCUUCAUCAGUUCACAGAAAAGAAAUUUAUGGCUGACUGCCCUCACACAAUCGGAGUGGAGUUCGGGACGAGGAUAAUCGAAGUCAGCGGUCAGAAGAUCAAGCUGCAGAUCUGGGACACGGCAGGACAGGAGCGGUUCAGAGCCGUCACACGGAGCUACUACAGGGGAGCCGCGGGCGCGCUGAUGGUUUAUGACAUCACCAGGAGAAGCACGUACAACCAUCUUAGUAGCUGGCUGACAGACGCAAGAAACCUCACCAACCCUAAUACUGUGAUAAUUCUUAUAGGAAAUAAGGCAGAUCUAGAGGCUCAGAGAGACGUCACGUAUGAGGAAGCCAAGCAGUUUGCAGAAGAGAAUGGGCUGUUAUUCCUCGAAGCUAGUGCGAAAACAGGCGAGAACGUUGAAGACGCAUUCCUGGAGGCCGCGAAGAAGAUCUUCCAAAACAUUCAGGACGGCAGCCUGGACCUAAACGCAGCCGAGUCCGGGGUACAGCACAAGCCCUCUGCUCCCCAGGGAGGCCGGCUAACAAGCGAACCACAGCCCCAAAGGGAAGGGUGUGGCUGCUAGUGACGUCCGCAGUGGGGAAGACCCAACCACCUUCACCUCACUUCUCCACAAGUGUGUGUGUGUGAUGGGGGGGGGGGAGGCUGUUAACUCCUCCUGCCUGCCUCCCUCCCUCUUUCGCUCUCCCUCUCCUACCUUACCUUGUCGUCGCCCCCCCCCCCCCCCUCACCACUAUACCAGCCCCAUUCGAUAGUCCAUUAUGUCUGGGAUUUAAAAUGUAAGAAAAAAAAUGAUGUAUGAAAAAAGAUAUUCAAGGUUAAAACUCACCACUGAGACGUCGGUAACAUGAAACUAAAAGAAAUAAGCAUCUCUUUCCAUUUAUUUAAUUUAAGUCAUUGCGUUACUCUGUAAAGCAUAAUUUACAUCAAACAACAAUGUAAAUCCAGUGCAGCAGCCUCUCCUGUUCACAUUUUUGUAGUAGUCCGAAACGUCCUGAUAUAAUUUUUUUUUUUUUAAUCAGUGAUUCACCUACAUUACCUUUUUUUUCUUUUGGAUUUUGCACCUUAAUGUCCUCGUGAUAGUUCCAGAUCAAUAGGUAAUGCAUCUGAAGUGGUUUGCCUAAACAAUGGUGGAAAAAUCCCUUCCCUUCUUCUCUUGCCUAAGAGCUUACUAUACAAAUUCUGAAACGUGCUGGGCUCUGUGAAAGCAGACCUGCAGAAUGGCAGAUUUGAAAAGCUGGAGUAUGUGUUGUGUUUGCUGGUAUAUUCUGCUGUGGAGUUUAGAGGCUGCGUGUUGUGAUGCAAACCAAGGGUUAGGGUUUGAACCACAACCCCCCAAUCAGAGGAACAGCCCCUGGUCACGUGAUCUGCUGUUAAAUGUUAAUAGAAAGGAAACGCCUCAGACAGGUCAGGGCACGUGCUUGAAGCACUUACGAUUCACACGUGGAAUCCUUCUUGAUACCUGUGUUUAGGCAGCACUGCUUGGGGCGAGCCAACAUGAUGGAUCGAUGCUUGUCCUGUAUUUCCAGCUUGUAUUGAACUUAUUAGCGACCUCUGGUGGCUAGAUUUGGAAAUUACAGUUCAGUGAUAAUACGGUAAUGAUAAUGAGGACACAUAGCAUUCAUGUGCUCUCCAUUCCUGUAUGCAGACACGGCUAUUGGUUGUGUCUGUAUUCUGUUACCGAUCAGCUGUAGUUAAAAUGACAGUUGUCUUGAUACUUUGGGAAAUUGUGUUUUUGUUUACCCAUUAAGUUAAUGAUUUUUUUUUUUUUUCUCGAGUCUUAACCUGAAAAAGCAAAAAGGGUAAAAUAAUACUUUUGGUUUUGUUUCUUCUGCACUUCUCUCAUCAACUGUAGCCCCAUUCCAGACCCUGUUUUAUGUACUUCCACGUGUUUAAAAAAGAAAGAAAAAUGUGUAUACAUUUUGAAGGAGCUGUGUUAUAACAUAUAAAUGCAUUCUGCGUGUAAUAUGAUUUUAAUGAAGACAAAUUGAUUUUAAAAGAAAAAAUACAUUAUCCACUCUCUUUGUACAGUAUGACCUCUCUUUAAAACUGUGUCAUGUUGCCCCGUGAAGCACAGAAAUAGAUGUGAUCACUAAUAAUAAAAAGAAACGACAAAACAAAACCCAACUUUUUACAACUGUAUUGAGAUUUACUUUUAACACCAGUUGCAUUUUCUUGUAUAAUGUGUCUGUUUCUGCUUUGUUCCAUCAUUGCACUAUGGUCUGACCGGCUCUGCUGUGUGUAUUAGUCCCUUGUGAUAACAUGCUUCUCCCUCCUCGUGUUGGUGUCUUGCAGUUUUGCGUCUGGCUGUAUUUUCUCACUUCGUUGUUGUAUACAUGCCUAAGAGCCUUGACAAAAAUACUGGCCCGGAAAUACCUUUACACAGGAAACCUGCUUUUACUAUACAGUAGAAAUAUUUUAGGGUGCAUCUAGAUUUUUUUAAACUGAUUUAAUGAAUGAAUAAAUUAUUCUUAUAUUCUAGUGGGUUGGGAGAGGAAGAUGGUGGUAGGGGGAGACUGUGAACUAUGUUAGCUGUGUUGAAUAUAACGCUGCAAUGUAUCUUUUUUAUUUUAAAGAUUUGGAAAGAGACAGUGAUCAUUCUCAACAUGGGUCUUUUUAAGUUUUCAGGAAUUAUGAACCCUCCCUGGUCUUUUGGAGAAGGGGAUUGUGUUGUAUAUAUUGUACAUUCAUCCAGAAGCAGAGGCUGAGAUGGAAUGAAUUUUGAAAGGUUUCUAAGAAAGGAAGUUGGCUGCAUUUUUUUAAACUAUUACAAGGUGCAACGUCAGGCUAUUGAUUAAACAUGCAUUUUAACAUACAAGGACUGGCAUUUUCAGAAAGCGUGCUGCAGAGGUUGAAUCGGAAGGCUUGUUUGUUAGCAGCAGCAUUUCAAAGAUGGCGAGGGUUAGUGAAUUCCAGAUUUAAAAGGAUAUGUGAAUUUCAAGACGGUCUCAAAGGAUCGUAGGCCGAUGUGUUUAGUUGUUUGGUUACACGCUUUGCUGCAUUCAGUAUAAAAGUACGAUCUGCAAGACACUGAGUGUGACAUCCCCAAACGACAUAACUCCCUGUAUCCAUGCCCAGACGACAUAACUCCCUGUAUCCAUGCCCAGACGACAUAACUAACUGUAUUUAGUAAUUCAGUAGAAUUACUGGGCGGUCUGUUUUAGAUAAUUUCUUGUUGGAUUCCCUUCUGUUCAUGGAAGCUGCUUUCUGUGCUGCCAGUCACAGACCCUGCUCUGCAAAUGAUUAUAUUUUUAAUUUUAUUUGGGGUGGGCCGUUGUGUUGUCCUUGACAUGCUGGAUUGAGAGAGUCAUGCUGCUCAAGUGCUGUGUUAAAUCUGUGCCAUUUCUCAUUAUACACCAGCUUUUAAUGUGCAGUCUGCUCUGUAUAUGUAGAGAUGAACUUCCCAGCUUCUGAAUCUGACGAGACCACCGUAAUGCCAAACGGGGAGGAUGCUGGGUUGUGUUUCGAAGAAAAUAAUAUGACAGCGUUUAAAUUGAAAAAAAUAUUUUCAAUUGCAGGAGUUUCUUUUAAGAGCAAAAAAUCCCCCCCCCCCCCACAAGAUUAAAUAAAGAUUAAAUAAAAAUAUUACGUAUGCUUGAAUGCUUGUUUCUGAAUUAGUCAUUUUUUUGUAGUAAGAGGUUAAUGUGACAUAGCAGAGGUCUUAAAGAGGGUGCUGUCCAUUCAUUUUUAUUUUUAAUGAGUGCAAUUAUUAAUAAGCAAACAUUAAACAUGAUACGUAACCAGCUAUCUGUCUUGGUACUACCUUUCUCUUAACCGUUUGGAAUCUGUAUUUCCGUCUCUGAAUUGGAAUGCAUUUUGACAUACUGUAUUUUUAAAUGAAAUGUAACCUUUUUCUUUAUCAUGGCUUUAGUAAACGCAGUCCUUGGUUUAAGAGGAGCCCUGCUUUGCCCUAAACUCUGGGCACAUUGCUGCUUGGCCCUGUAGAAAUUAGUAAAAAGCAUGGGCGCUUGCGCUUAAAAAUAACAAAAGUCCUAAAAAAAAAAAAAAAAAAAAACACAGAUCAUUUUGACACUAAGCUAAGCGAAAGCAUUUUUGUUUGAUGUGGUACCGGGACACGGCAUGUUAUGUAAAGGCCAAAACUGGACUCUGUAGUUCCUCAGGAACUUUCCCUCUGCUCUGUUUUGUUCUUCGUAUUGUUUAGUCGGAGCAUGUGCCCUUUUAUUGAAGUAGAUGCAAGUAAUGUUAAACCAAACUUUAAUUACAGCUCUUGUCUUGGGAGCAUAUAUGAAAUCUAUAUGAAAAAAUAUCACUUUUUAAUGAUUUAUUAAAUAACCCAACUUAAGGACCACAGCCUGCUAACAUAAAUAUAUAAUAUUUAUAUGAAAUAGUCAUUAUAAAGCCAACUCAAAAGACAUUGAAAUUGGCUGAAGUCAUUAAAUGUUUGCUUGGUUUUCUGUUUCUAUAUCUCUUUUUUUUCUAUUUCUCAUUAAUGUUUUUUUUAACUCUUAAACCGCUUACAAUAGGUCUUGUUAUUUAUAUCGGUGACAAACCAACUUUCUUCGGACUGCUGUACUUUUCAUUUGAUGGAACAAAAUUGCUAUUAAUCUGAAUAUUUGUAAAUAAAGUACCUGUAUCUAGAUAA